AUGUACCGCACAGAUUCGCAAGGAUUGACAAAACUGCCACUGUACAAGAAGCUCACACCUACCGCCCACACAGAGAGGGCCACGCAGAGAGGGCUCACUGCUAAGCCUUUGUGCGCCCUAGAGCCUCCUGUUAAUACAGGCUGUGCGAAUCCAGUCAUCUACCGCGCCGCAGAUCAGAAACCUACCGCGUGCGUAGCCACGCAGAGAAGGCUCCUCAUUAGCAGCCCACCUUCACCACCCCCAGACAACCGCCGUACGAACGCAACCGGCACCCCCCCUCCAGACAACUGCUGCGAUCAACCAGCACCCUCCCCCCCUGAGAACGGCCAGAUCAAUCGCCUGCACAAAGGCAUUGCCCGCACAAAGGGCACCCCCAACACAUCACACUUCCCACCCCCACCUUAG